AUGUGUGCUAUUUCUGGUCGCAACUGUGAUUGUAAAUCAUGUGUCCUCAGACUAAUCGAGCAUGGCAAAUAUCCUUAUGAUGAGUUCUGGAUGCUUUUACAUCAGAGCGAUCACCAAGCCCCUUACGACUAUCGAGUUGCAAGCUCGACAGCUGCCAUGCGCCGAGGUGAAUUACUUAUACCCAACUCCUUCACCACAGAUGAGAACCCCCAGCAACUCUUCAAGGAGAUUCAGUGUAAGUUCCCACUGUUUCCAGACUUUCAACCUUACCGAUUCGUCUACCACCAGACGAGGAGGAUCGGCCCUCGUAUGCCUGCAAAGAUGAUGCUGAUUUACACGGCUGGGUCCUGCACGAACAAUGGACAACCAAAUGCCAGAGGCGGAUUCGGGUUUGCCUUUAGUUCGCCCGGCCGUGAGAACACGAGGGGCUGUGUUCGACAUGCAUUGGAGUCAGAAGGACCCUUUGGUCAUCGAACGGCGGCAACCUGCAACAGAGCCGAGUUACGGGGUUUGAUUGCAGCUUUGGAGUAUCGGUGUUUCUAUAGAGAGGGAUGGGAUGGUCUUGUCAUUGCCACCGAUUCCGGCUAUGUAAAACAAGGUGCCACCGAGUUGGUUCUCAACUGGGUGGAAAACGAGUGGCACAACGCCAAGGGGGAUAAAGUCGCAAACAAAGACCUGUGGAAAUACCUUCUCCGGCUCCUGAGAAAAUACGCGAUCCACGGAUGCGAGAUCAUGAUCUGGCAGACCACACGAGACCAAAACCGACUGGCUGGCGAACUGGCCAAGGCAGGCGCUCAAUUUGAGACGCCGGCAUCCUGGAGAUCCAUCCGUGAUCCGAAGCUGAAUGACACAGUUCGGCUCGCGGCUUCAUGUGGACCGACAAAGCCGGAAGCGUCGUUUGAUGAGAUUCUCCGACUGUUUCCCAAGCCUCCAGAUACAGCCAUACGAGACCAAGCAAAGUCGAAAGCCCAGAGCUCGGUGUAG